UGGAGUGUAAACAGAAAUACGUGCGCGUUCCUCGAGCGAUGUCGUUGAGUGAGACCCACAAGGCUGCAUUUGCUCCGCCACGCGACCUCACGCGGAACGCGCGCAGUCUCCUUCCUUCCCUGGAAUGUUUAGGCUUGGAAGUUGCGUCGACAUACGAACGACGGAUGCGGGAAUUGAACAGACACCGUGACAAUUUCCGACGGGCCCCUCAUUGCGCCGUCCUGCCCGAAAUCGGCGCACGUUUGGAAAGAGUUUCGGAGGUGUAAAAACUUCCCGAAUCAGCAUUGCACACAGAGGACUCUCUCGCCGUGGACCUGUCUUUAAGGCCUGCUCCAGAAUGCCGCGCUAACAUCAGUCAUAUGCAGGUGGAUCCCACUCCGAAGAGUUCAGGGGAUGGAGGCACAGUGAGCUCAGUGGGAGGCGUUCCCAGCACGGCGUCCGAGAGCAUGGUUGGCAACCCCCCGCAGACUUUGCCCCCAGAGCUCAGAGGUGACGUGCCUCCUGGGCAGCAGGAGCGGACGGCAGCCGUGGGAGACUGCGGGGCCUCUGAGCUCCCUUCCAAAGGGGGGCACGCAAACUCUUGCUCAGAGGUCCCUGCUCAGCAGCAGUGCAACAGUGAGACCGUGUUGAACCCCACAUGCAUCAACACUGAUGUGCAUGACAAAGCUGAGGUUCCCAAGACUGGGGCAGUGGAAGGCCCUGUGUCCUUCCUGGCUCAGCAGUGGCCUUGCGGCAAGAAGGUCAGUCCAGAGGUCCCCCUGAACACUGGCCAGAACAACGUAAACCCUAGCCAGCCUUCGAAGUCCCAGGCUCAGUCUGUGAUAAGCCUUCCUCCAGGGUUCCACUGCUCCUCCCUGUUCAAACCAGGUCAGCCCUUGGCUUUUCUUCCUGCCGCGAACUUUGGCUCGCCCUUGUGUAAAAUCACCCUCCCGCCUGGGCUCGGCCAGAUCGCAGCUCUGAGAGAAGCUACGGCCAACCAGUUCCACGUCGACGCCCAGUCGCAAAGCACCAGCUCUGGAAUGACACCUUCACUCCACACCUAUGGGUAUCACAUCUCCAUGGGGCGCCCUAUUGCACCUGAGACAAAGUCCAUGCCGGUGGCCCCAAAGGCCAAAGGCGGCUCCACAUCCAGCAGCAAGAGUUCGAAAGGUGGAGCCAAGCACGGAUCAGCGUUGGGCUUUGUCGCAUCCCCUGCCCUAGCCCUGCCUUUAAAGCAGCCAUCUUUGAGCUCAGCUCCACUGGCCCCGGUCUCGAUCCCCGUCGCUGCUCCCGUGUGCGGCAGCCCCACCAUAGCCAGCAUCACUGUGCACACGAGGCCUCCAAACCACUUGGAGAAAGGUCAGCAAAGUGCCGACAAGCUGUCGUUAGCGUACGCUCGACUCGAGUCCCCUACUGCCAUCAGGGAACCCGGAGCCGUUUGUCCGAGUGAGGUGAGGGACAUGCCCCUUGAUUUGUCUUCAAAAUCAAAACGCCAGAAUGCAGCCAGCGAUUCUCAGAAAACCACAAAAGUCCAGGAGCCUAACCCCACAGAAGCAAAUCUGAACGAUUCCGGUCCUCCGAAGAGGACCCCGAUGGCAGGGUUUGGGUCUGCUCCUUCUUAUGCGAUCUACCCAGAUGCCCUGAGAAAUGGUGCCCAUCAAAAACAGCCUUCCAGGCUUGUGAACCACCAGGUUUUGGAUCCAGCGGCAUCCUGGGCAAAACUUGCCCCACAAGGCACCAUAGCAAGCCUUUCAGGGACUUAUGUAGGUGUGGCCAGCCCCAUACUAGCCUCUACCCUACGCAGCAAGGAUGGCAAAUGCACUGCCUUUGUAGAAGACCUGCAAAGCAUUGCCAAACAGGAGUCCAUUUCCAUCAUUGACCAGGGGGAGCAGCUUACCUCUAGGGCAAAGAAAGGACCGCAUGUUACAAAGGAGGCCCAGAAAGCACCGGUUUCAAAACGCCCCAACAAUACCUGCUUACCCGUAACUCCAUCCAAGGAUCUUCUUCCCCAGUCUUUUUCCAGCUCCCCUAACUUACACUCUCACAGUAAGGUUGUUGGUGGGAAGGCGGUUAACCCACACAACACUGCAGCUGACGUGCGACAUCCACCAGGCCUGAUGCCCCAACGAAAAGCAUCAAAGCAGCAGAAGAUCCUUCAAGGUUCCACCAAGGCACACCUCCCAACCAGCUGCCAUGGGUCUUUGCAUAAGGGCCCAUCCAAAGCAGAGGAAAAAAAGUGGGAUCAGACCAAGUGUCCUCUGUCUAACCUGGAGUCAAUAGUGAACCAGAAAGCUCUAGAGACGACUGGCCUGGCGCAAGAUAGUGGUGGAAACCUGUCAAAUUCAGGUUCGAGAAAGCCCGAGGUGGCGAGCCUGCAGACCAGCCAACAAGACAGCCAAAUUCGGCAGAUUGGCACGGGCGGGUUUCCGUCGUUCAAGUCAGCGAAGUGGAGGGAUGGGAAAAUUGCGAAAGACUGUCCCAUAGCUGUCCCUCACGUGCACGAGCGAGGGAGCGAGACCGAGCUUGGGGAGCAUCCUUCUGAGAGACAUGUCCGGCAGGAUGGAAAUGACGGAGAUGACCACCUCGGCGGCCAUGCCGUUGGCGCUGCAGUUGACGCUGACAAGAGGGGACCUGGUACAGCCCAAGCGACUGAGGGAGGAGAGGAGAAGUGGGUAAGCUCCUCCCCCCGUGUGAAGAUGGAGGGAAUCGCAUUGUCCGUCCUCAAGGGUCACCACGUCACCACGGCCGAUCAGGGGAAAAAAACGGCUGGAGCCAAAGGAAAAGCUGCAGGCAACAGACCCAAGAAGCUCGGUGUGAGUAAGACCGAAGCCUCGGCGAAAGCUUCCAAAAAGGUGGUGGAAAGUUUAAAAAGGCCGUUGGACACGGACGCUACCGUAGCAAAACAGGGGCGCCUUGCUAAAAAGCUGAGGAAACCGGGGACACCUGGACUGGAGCAGUGCCAGGUUGCGCCGCCUCCAUCCCAGCAGGAGCGAAAGCAGGAUGGGGGUCGAAAGGGGAAGGCCGGAGCCCUCGGCGUUCAGCAGCUCCCACGCGCUGAGGCGGAAAGGAGCCCUGUACCGUACCCCAAAAGCGCCGGAAAGGAGUCCGGCGACAGCGACCCCCCGAGACUGAGAAGGGGCAGGCGACGAAGUGACCGGAGCCAAAAGAGCAACUGGAGUCCCCUCGAACCUUCCCCUCCCCCACCUCCUCAGCCAGCCUUCCGCCGGCCGAGGGGAAGACCCCGUUCGAACCCCCUCCCGGGGCAGGUAGACGCGACCCCGGCCGUCCCCCAGCGCAGAGGCAGUCCCGCCCCCAGCUCGGAGGGAGAAGCUGCCGCCAGAAAGAAGAGGAGGCGUCGCAAGAACAGGAAGUACCAGAAUGGCGAGUACAUCACGGAGCGGGAGCAGGUCGGAGAAGCCGAGGGAGAGGCGGAGGACAAGUGUGUGAUGACACGGCAGGCUGCUCGGGCCGGAGCAGACCUCAGAACGGGCACCUACCCGCGUGCCGGUGCCACGCCGACCUGCCGCAGCGCUAGCCCGGACUCCGGCUCCAGGAGGACCCUGCUGACCCGCUCGGGGUCCGCGCGCCGCCCGGAAGGCCACGCUACCCCCGAGCCCACGGACAAACCCUCGGGAAAGAGGAAGUUCAAAAGCAAACACUUGUGCGACGCAGAGGAGGACGAGAAGAAGCUAGCAGAGAUUCCAGUCACUCUCGUCUGCCACACCUCGCAGCUGAAGUCCAAACGGAGCGGUGCGGGAAAGCGGCCCAGUGGACCCGUCUCCGACCACGACAGUCCGCCAGCGAAGAAGCCCACGAGUCCCUUCGCAGCUCCCAAGGGGCCAUCCUCUCCCUCCGCCAGCAGGAAGGGCGGCGCCCGGAACGGGGGGACCCCGGAGUCCCCCACGGGGCGACCCGUCCCACCCGAGGUCCGGCGGCUCAUCGUCAACAAGAACGCCGGGGAGACCCUGCUCCAGAGGGCUGCCAGACUGGGCUACGAGGAGGUGGUCCUGUACUGCCUGGAGAAGGACCUGAGGGAGGUGAAUCGCCGUGACAACGCCGGGUACACGGCGCUCCACGAGGCCUGCGCCCGGGGCUGGGCCCACAUCGUGCAGCUGCUGCUGGAGCACGGCGCCGACGUCAACUGCAGCGCCCAGGACGGAACACGGCCGAUUCACGACGCCGUAGCCAGCGACAACCUCCCCAUUGUCUGGAUGCUGUUGAAUCACGGGGCGGACCCCACCCUGGCCACCUACUCGGGGCAGACGGCGGUGAAGUUGGCUCAGAGCCCCACCAUGAAGGCCUUCCUCACGGAGUACUUUGCAGACCUGGAGGCCCGUGCCGAGGAGACCUGCAGCCUCCCGUGGGACUUCUACAGCAGCACCGUGUUCGAGACGGACCAGGAGCCGUGCUGGGAGUUCCUGCUCUCGCUGCCGGAGGACGAGAAGGAGCGGAGCGCGGCGGAGAGGGGCGCCGAGAAGGACUGCUUCCUGUUUGAGUUCUCCACGGAGCCCCUCGUACCCUGCUACCACGUCCAGGUGUCGCUGUCCCAGGGGUUCUGUAACUGGUUCCUCCUGUCGGACGUCCUGAAGCGGUUAAAGAUGUCGGCCCGCAUCUUCCGCGCCCGCUACCCGCACUUCGAGGUCGCCAGCAUCCCGCGGGCCGAGCUCUGCCAGCAGCUGUCCGUGAGCCAGGUGACGCCGGUGCCGCCGGAGCUCCGGAGGGGCGGGGCCGAGGACGCGGAGGGGGAGGGCUUCGUGGAGCUGGUGCGUUGCGUACCGGACCUCCAGGGACUGCUGGGUUCCUCCGUGCAGCUUCUGGAAGAGGAGCUGUCUGACACACCGGGGCCCUGCGGCCGGUAACCAACGUCCCCC